GAAAUCACGGGGGUUUGUAAGAAAAUUUAAGGGAAGGACCACACAGCAUUAGCAUUUCAGGACUAUCUAACGCAGGAAAUCUAAACAACUUCUGACACAAUGAUCAGUCUGAGUUUUGUGUACUUUUUGACCGCGGGUCUCCAACUGCAUUUCAUGUUUUCGGAGUCGCUAGACAUAGGUUUAGAAGCUCGCGUCGAUGAACUGGAGAAUCAGUCGAAGGCCAUGCGGCAUGCGCUUGCGGAAUACAAGGAGAGGAACGAAGCCAUGCUUCAACAGCUUGCGGAGUACAAGGAAAAGAACGAGCUUCUAACGGAAAAGCUGAACGUACUUAGCAAUGUCUUGACUAACGUUCAUCUGAACAUGUUGCCUAACUUUGAACAUAAAAGGCAGACAUCUCCCGAAGCAGUUGCUUUCACGGCUUACAUUAGCCAUAACCCAACGCACCUGAACGAUGGACAGAUCAUUCCAUUUGACCGGACCGUCACAAACAUUGGCGACGCCUUCAACGUCCACUCACAUAUGUUCAUCUGCCCCGUCGGUGGCCUUUACAUGUUCUCUUUUGUGAUGUGCCAACUUGGGACAUCAAAUGCGGAAACACAACUGGUUGUCGAUGGGGUACAUAUAGUGGACGCAAUUACUAAUCCGAUCACGGGUGACCACGAUCAGCAAGGAGUCAAUAUGGCGUUCGUUCAGGUGAAGAAAGGGCAAACGGUAUUUGUGAAGAACUACUUCUACAGCGAUAUUAGCUACCGUAGCGAAGAAUUGCAUAGGUUUGCAUCGUUUAGCGGUGUGCUUUUACAAGAAAUGUAAACGUUUGAUGACAACUGACAAUAUUAAGUCAAUAAAAAAUGUUACUGCAAA